UACAGUACUACAAAUUAGCAAGAGCGUAUCGCAUUAUCAUCUGUCUGACUGACAUGACAGAUGGAUUUGGAUUGGUUGCUUUUGUUUGGUACACUUUACAGUAGAAUAUUUAUGAAACAAUAAAUAAACAAAAAAAUUAUUGAUAGUGCUCUUUAUCUCCAAUUAAUAUACUGUGUUUACAAUGCAUGUGUGAGAUGAGUUUAUAAUAUAAAUACUGAGUGUGUGUAAUUUUCUGUUUACUACAUACAUGAGCAAUAGAAUCCUUUUUUAGAUACAAGUGAGUAGCGCUUUUGUUGAACAAAUUAGUCUUAUAUUUAGUACUGCCCGUAUAAAUUGAUAAAAAGUAAAUUAUUGCUGCAGAUAAUGGAUGAAUUAAGCAUGACAAUGGAGAAUCCAGAAAGUGGGAGUGCUCCCUCCCGAGUGCCCAUAACAUCUUGGUGGCAUCCAGCUCACAAGGUUCAUCGCUUCAUAGCUCUUCUUUUGAUGUGUUUUCUUUGUUUUGGUUCAUACUUCUGCUAUGACACACCAGGAGCUCUGGCAGAUAACUUUAAAGUUGACUCACAUUUGAACACAUCCCAGUUUGCACUGUUGUAUUCAAUAUACUCAUGGCCAAAUGUUAUAUUGUGCUUUAUUGGAGGAUACCUUAUUGAUAGAUAUUUUGGUGUAAGAUUAGGAACAAUCAUUUAUAUGACAAUAGUGUUAAUUGGAGCUAUUAUAUUUGCAUUUGGGGUUUACAUCAAUGCAUUUUGGGUGAUGAUUCUUGGCAGAUUUGUUUUUGGCAUUGGAGGGGAAUCUCUACAAGUGGCUGUAAACAAUUAUGUGGUACUUUGGUUCAAAGGCAAGGAACUCAACAUGGUGUUUGGGCUCCAACUUUCAUUUUCAAGAUUUGGGAGCACAGUGAAUUUUUGGGUCAUGGAACCUAUCUACAGAUGGGUGGCAAACUAUUAUGCAGGAUAUGAGAGGCUGGGUGUCGCUUUAUUUGUAGCUGCUCUUACGUGCCUUGUAUCGCUUAUUUGUGGCUUGAUCUUGGGUUGGAUGGAUCAUAGAGCUGAAAGAUUGUUGGGAAGGCAAGAAGCAUCGGCCAAUGAGGAACCCUUCCAUAUGAAAGAUAUCCUUCAUUUCAAAUCUGUAUUCUGGCUAGUCUCUGUGAUAUGUGUUGUAUACUAUCUUGCUAUAUUCCCAUUUAUAGCAUUGGGAAAAUUAUUUUUUGAGAGAAAAUUUGACUUCUUGCCGCAAGACGCAAAUACCGUGAACUCAAUGGUGUAUUUGCUGUCGGCAGCACUCAGCCCGUUUUUCGGUAUUUUAAUUGACAAGACCGGAAGGAACGUGAUGUGGGUUAUUAUAAGCAUUGUGGCAACAAUAGGGGCGCAUUUUCUAUUGGCAUUCACGUUUUAUAAUCCAUACAUUGGUGUGAUCACAUUAGGAAUAUCAUAUUCUUUAUUAGCUAGCGGAUUAUGGCCGUUAGUGGCUUUGAUUGUACCUGAAAAUCAGCUUGGAACUGCAUAUGGAAUCUGCCAAGCAGUACAAAAUCUGGGCCUGGCGACAGUUUUGAUAUUAGCGGGAAUCAUUGUUGACAAAUAUGGUUACUUAAUGUUGGAAAUGUUCUUCUUAGGAUGUCUCUUUAUUUCCCUGAUAGCUGCUGUGCUUGUAUACAUUAUGGACUCUGCUAAUAAUGGUGUUCUUAACAUGUCUCCUAGCAUGAGAGACGCAAUCAAAUUACCGACUAUUCCUGACGAAUCUGCGAAUCUAUUGGAUAAUGAGGAGAGUACCGACCGUGAGGAGCCCGACGCCGUUCGGCCGGUCGAGUCGUCCGUAGACUCCACCCGGAGGGAAGCCGCCGCACUCACGCAGUCCAACAGAAUACGAAGCAGAUACUUAGCACAAAUAUUGCCAAACACUAACAUUCCAGACAGACAAUAGCCAUAGGUAGGCAUAUUUUACUACAGAGCAAAGAUCGCGCCGCGGGCGGGGUGGUCGUUUAGUGCUCCCUGGUGGUUAUUUAUGGAUAUAAAGAAACAAUGAUAUCAUGUAAAAUAAAAUGUAAUAAUGAUUUAAACUA